UUUGGGUAAUAUUCAAUAUGGCGGCACCCAUAUUGAAGUGGAAGCGGGUAACGAACACAACAGGGCCAGCUCCUAGGCCGCGGCAUGGCCAUCGUGCAGUUGCAAUCAAGGAUCUGAUGAUAGUUUUUGGUGGUGGUAACGAAGGAAUCGUUGACGAACUCCAUGUUUACAACACAACUACAAAUCAGUGGUUUGUGCCUGCUGUAAGAGGAGAUAUUCCACCUGGCUGUGCAGCUUAUGGCUUUGUUUGUGAUGGCACACGGAUACUGGUUUUCGGUGGCAUGGUUGAGUAUGGAAAAUACUCAAAUGAAUUGUACGAACUGCAAGCCAGCAGAUGGGAAUGGAAACGGCUGAAACCCAAGCCGCCUAAAAAUGGACCACCGCCAUGUCCCAGAUUGGGUCACAGCUUCACAUUGCUCGGUAACAGAGCUUGGCUUUUUGGAGGUCUUGCGAAUGACAGUGAAGAUCCUAAAAAUAAUAUUCCCAGAUAUCUGAAUGAUCUGUAUGCCUUGGAGCUGAAACCAAACUCCAGCCAGAUGGGUUGGGAUUUACCAGUGACUGUAGGCCAGCCUCCUCCUCCGAGGGAGUCGCACUCAUGUGCUUCAUACGCAGCGAAAGAUGGCCGCCACUCCAGACUGUUCAUAUAUGGAGGAAUGAGCGGGUGCAGACUUGGUGACUUGUGGCAGUAUGAUGUUGAUACAGUAACAUGGACGAAACCUGUGGUCCAGGGAAUCCCCCCUCUACCCCGGAGCCUCCACACAGCCACAGUUAUUGGAAACAGGAUGUUUGUGUUUGGGGGAUGGGUACCACUAGUCAUGGACGAUGUCAAAGUUGCUACACAUGAAAAAGAAUGGAAGUGCACAAACACACUGGCAUCCCUACACUUAGAUUUGAUGACGUGGGAGCCGCUGGCUAUGGAGGUGUUUGAAGAUGCUCUCCCACGUGCCCGGGCUGGUCAGUGUAGCGUGGCCAUUAACACAAGGCUCUACAUCUGGAGCGGACGAGAUGGCUAUCGUAAAGCCUGGAAUAAUCAGGUGUGCUUCAAAGAUCUGUGGUUCCUUGAGACAGAAAAGCCACCAGCACCAUCUCGAGUUCAGCUUGUACGGGCUAGCACCAAUACCCUGGAAGUCUGUUGGGGCUCGGUGCCAACCGCUGAUGCAUACCUGCUGCAGUUGCAGAAGUAUGAUCUACCCCCCUCACAAGCCAUGACCCCCACUGCAGUGCCAGUCAGCAGUGCUCUGGUCAAACCUCCCACCCCCACAGCGCCAACACCUGUGAUGAGGUCCCCCACUGCAGCCACUGGUGCAGUGAGGCCUCUAGGAGCGGCCAAUCUGGCCUCGCUCGCACUCACCGCCCCACAGACAAUCAGAGUGACUGCCACACCAAGGGUCAAGGCUCCCGUCACAAUCACACCAGUGUCUCAGGGAAUGAGGGUAGCCACGCCCCAGAUCAUCAGCGUUGGGCAGGGACAUAAAACAAUAGUAACCAGUCAGGGAGCUACAGGUCAGAUGACUGGUAUUGCUGCACUUGCUGCAGCAGCAGCAGCAACACAGAAGAUACCCGGCACUACCGGCGCUACCACAACGCCCAUGUCCGGAAUCAAGGUUGUCACACCAACCAUUGUCACACCCUCAGGGGUCAAAGUGCAAGGGAAACUCCAAGGAACAACAUUAUCACCAGGAACACAGACCAUCCGCACAAAGGGAGGUCUGCCACAAGGGGCAACCAUCGUGAAGCUGGUGACGACCCAGGCUGGCUCCAACAAACCCACUGCCAUCUUCACCAGCAACCAGUCAGGCCAGACCCCCUCCACAAUCCUUGGAAUCAGCAGUGUCCAGCCUACUUCUUCCACCAAGAAUGUGACCACAAUAAUCAAGACCAUCCCUUCCUCCAUGAUCUCAAUGGCCAAAGCCGGAGUGGCUGGCGUCACGACUACCCAUGCAGGCACCAAGACAAUCGUCAUCGCAGCACCCAGGGGCAGUGGGGGGUCACUCAACACACCUACCAAAAUAAUCACAUCAGUACCCAAACUGCGCGGCCAGGGAAAUACUCAGUUCAUCGUUGUCAGCCCCCAAGGCUCUCAAGCUUCAUCCACAGCACAGACCAUCAUUGGCAAUAAGCCUAUCACCGUCACUGCUCUUCCUUCAUCAACCGCGGGAACAUCGCCGGCCACUAAACCUGUUGUCACCAUCCUGUCAGCAGCCCAAGCUGGCGUGACAGGGUCCACUACGGCUGUCCCUGCCCACAUCUCCACCACCACCACUUCUGCCACCUCCAUCCUCUCCAGCCCCAUGGUCAAAGCAUCUACAGGCGGCACCUCAACCAUCUCACUCAUCGCCCAGCAAACCCCUGGAGACGUCCCCACAACACUUGCCACCAGGCAGAUCAUAGCCACGCCCACUCAUACCACACUGGGCAAGCAACCCAUGCAGAUCACCAUCACCCCAGUGGGCCCCAAGGUCACACCCAUCGUUGCCCCGACGAUCACCACUGUUCCUGUUCCAGUUGCUACACCUGUAGUUACAACAGAUACUCAGGCUGGGGGUGACUGUGGAAGACCUGAGGGUUGUGGGACGCCUCCUCCUGGAGACUGUGGAAGACCCGAGGGAUGUGGAACCCCACCACCUAAUGGAGACUGUGGAAGACCUGAAGGCUGUGGAACACCACCUCCCGGUGAUUGUGGAAGACCUGAAGGAUGUGGAACACCACCUCCAGGUGAUUGUGGAAGGCCUGAGGGUUGUGGAACACCACCUCCUGGUGAUUGUGGAAGACCUGAAGGAUGUGGAACACCACCUCCCGGUGAUUGUGGAAGACCAGAAGGAUGUGGAACACCACCUCCUGGUGAUUGUGGAAGGCCUGAGGGUUGUGGAACACCACCUCCUGGAGACUGUGGAAGACCUGAAGGAUGUGGAACUCCGCCUCCCGGUGAUUGCGGAAGACCUGAAGGAUGUGGAACUCCACCUCCUGGAGACUGUGGAAGACCUGAAGGAUGUGGAACACCGCCUCCCGGUGAUUGUGGAAGACCUGAAGGAUGUGGAACACCACCUCCAACAGGUGACUGUGGAAGACCUGAAGGGUGUGGAACACCACCUCCAACAGGUGACUGUGGAAGACCUGAAGGAUGUGGAACACCACCUCCAACAGGUGAUUGUGGAAGACCUGAAGGAUGUGGAACGCCACCUCCAACAGGUGAUUGUGGAAGACCUGAAGGAUGUGGAACGCCACCUCCAACAGGUGAUUGUGGCAGACCAGAAGGAUGUGGAACGCCACCUCCAGACGGAAGUGAUCAUGUUCAAGGUGAUAGUGGACCGAGUGAAGGUCAAGGUGAUAGUGGGACAUCGGAAGGGGUCACAGCCCCAGGUGAAGGUCAAGGUGAUAAUGGUGACUCUAAACCUAGUGUUGACGGAAAUCCAGGUGAACAGUCAGUUCAGCAGGAAGGUUCUCCCACACCAGCAGUUGAAUCAACUAGUCAGCCGAUGGUGAACGCUGCUCUGUUAAAUAGUGCUAUAAGUAGUGCCGGUGUCGGCAGCGUGGAGGCGCCUGUUGACGAACCCAUGGACACAACCCCAGCUGCAGCGGCUACUGAAGACAGUAGCAUCUCAGUGAAACCCGAGCCAGGCCUCCUCGCUCAGGCUCAGUCAGAAAGUGCUAUGGACACAUCUUCAACAUUUACAGGUUCAGCAGCAGGUGCUGUGUCUAGUGUUGCUGAUGUGUCAGAUCCCCUCGCAACGUUAGCGACAGCAGCUAUGUCAUCGGCGCCUGUAGCAGCAGCAGUAGUGAAACAGGAGCCAGGGACGCCGGCAAAUGGCGUCAAGACGGAACCAGAGAUUAAACAGGCUUUAGAAGCAGAUGGAUUCGGUCCACACUCGCGGCUGACGCGAUGGCUGGCCUCCGACAGGAGAUUGGUGUCCCACCAGAGCUCUCUGGAAACAGAGACCUCACUCAUUGAGGAUCGAUUCGAGGAGGCUAUGGAGGAGGAUGAGGGUAGUGGUCAGUACUGGCGCACCCGACUCAGGAGUUUCGGCCUCUCCCAGGAGGCUUUUGCUCCCACCAAGCUUACAAGUUCCGCGGUGGUGGCAGGCAUCAACGCCUGUGGCCGAGGUCCGUUCAGUGAAGUCUCAGCCUUCAAAACAUGUCUGCCAGGUUUCCCAGGGGCACCCUCGGCAAUAAAGAUCAGUAAGAGUGCGGAGGGAGCACAUUUAUCAUGGGAACCACCUCAAAACACUGCCGGAAAAAUCACUGAGUAUUCUGUCUAUUUGGCCGUCCGAAAUGCAGCGGCAGCAGAACAAAAGGCCGGAGCCCCAGCUCAGCUUGCGUUUGUGCGAGUCUACUGUGGCCCUAACCCCUCAUGUGUCGUCACCACGGCCAGUCUGGCAUCAGCUCACAUAGACUUCACCACCAAACCAGCCAUCAUCUUCCGUAUCGCAGCUAGGAACGAAAAGGGUUAUGGCCCAGCUACGCAAGUCAGGUGGCUGCAAGAUGCCUCCCAAACAGCAAUGGCAGGUGGGAAAAUAGCCGUGAAGAGAGUCAGCUCGGAUGGCAAACCCACCAUCACAAUCACUGGUGCAGCUAUUAAGAAAAUCAAAACUGAAGAGGAAGGACAGAGCUAAGGGGAAUUCUCAUGGCCCGCUAGUGGUCAGUACUGAUGCACAUCUUCUACUCUCAACAAAUACUAACUCAAGAUAUGCUGCCAAAUGGGAGUCAAAGACUUCGGAAAUAAUGAAUCUACAGGGAACCUGUCAGGAAAGUGAGCCGUCAUUCAAGCCCAGCUGAGAGCUAUUGUUCAAGGAAAACUAAGGAAUGGACUUAAACUUGAAAAAAUGGUCACAUCAGUUGAGACGGUACUGUUCGGUUGAAAUUCGACUAAAGUGCAUUAUAAAUGCAUGUUGGGUGUAUGUGUAUUUGUUAAAUGUUUUCAGAAAACAUUGUACAUGUGAAUACCAGCUGAUGAUGUCGGACGACGGCACCGUCAGCGCCCCUAGUGACACUGUCUCUGUAGUACACCUCCCAAGGUAGCGACACGUGAACUUGUGCAUCAUUUUUUUUCAUUUUCAUAUUCAUUUGUAAAUGAUUCCACUGUCAUCUUUGUUACGACUUUCAUCUGUUACAUACUGUUUACACACACAACACAGUGGGUAUUGUAAAUAUCAGAGCGAAAUGUACAUCAGUUGAGAAACCUUCAUCCUCAUCGCAUACAGACAACACCACGACUCAUCUUGGAGUUGCCAGUCGCCUGGUCUUUUGUUUACAAUAUUCACUAGUUGGUAUGUUCACUUCUAGGAUAGUGCAAGCCUUGCAGCAACUAGACUGCUUCAAGGCGUUUGUUAAAGAUAGUCUUUGUUAGUUCCCAUUCAUGUAUAUUGGCUCAUUGUGUACAUGUAUUUGAAAUGUUUAUUACAGCUUUUUCAGAGUAUUCAUUUGCUUCAUGAUGGAGUAAACAUCACGGAGAAACGAUCUGGAUUGAAAGGCAGCCUUGGGGGAAAAGAGUUGGGAGCAUAAACUUGAUAACAUGAAACUUUCUAGUUGUAUUUUCCAUAAAAUCUUUGAGUUUGACAAGGCCAUCAAGGAUGACCAGCUAUGUCAACUGUUCAAAGUUAUGCUGAUUUCUAUGCUGUCUCAUUUAAGAUUUUUCGUCUGUCUUCAUUGUUCAAGAAUAUCAUCAGUAUUUCUCGCUGAUGAUGAUUGCUGGAAAAGUUUUACAGUAUGAUGAUUGUCAAGAUGACAUAUCAAUAUACUUUUAUUAAAAUAUCUUGGGAUUAUAUUUUUUGAAGAGCAUGGGUUUUCAUAAUGAAGUUAUAUGACAGAUUAAGAUUCUUCUGUUUCUUGAUUUGUGCUUGUGUACUGCUGAGAAUUAGGAUAGUGCAGAGUUUUUCCAAAACUGGAACUAAGGAACAUUCAAAAGAGGGAAUGGUGUGAAAUUGAAGGUUUUAUCUGAAAUGUGGAAAGGGAAUAUGUUAUACAGUUUAACCACUGCAUGCUGAAAAAAAUAUGUCAUAUUCUUGGUUCUUUGGCAAAUGUCUAUUGGCAAACAUUUUCAACUAGAUCCUUUUGCCAGAGAAUCAAUUUUAAGAAUAUUUUUUUAAGUUCAAGAGGGAUUAGUUUCAUUUUGUAAAUAUAUGAUUGUAAAUGAGUGCCAGAAAACUUUUAAAUAUUGUACAAAUCUUUCAUGGAACAGGAUUUUUGUUGACAUGGAAAUGGUUUGGUUACUCAUCAAAAUAAACCGUGUUCAAAAUUUC